AUGGAUCAACCUUCGAGGACAGACGAGUUAGACCCAAGCCAUCGCUUCCACCCGCCAUCCUCCCACCCCCACCCCCACCCCCAACCCCACCCCACACCGCAUAGGCCAAGUUACAGUGGCUUUCAUCAUGACUCUCCUCAACAUGGGAUGUUCCAACAGCCAUCCCAACCGUAUGCUGGGUUCCAUCAACAAAAUGAAUCCCAGCAUUUGCGUGAGUUCUCAGACUUCCACGAUAGUGCUUUCCCCCAUCACUCCUACCAGCAGCAGGACAGGGCCCAUGUUUCUACACUACCUAGUAAUAUCCCUCAUGCUUAUGGUGGGCCUCACCCCCUUGCUGAAUCUCAGCACUCUGGUAGACCCCAGAGUGGAUCUCAUAUUGAACCCCAUCUUCAUUCCCACCAAGAUGAGCCCCGUAGGCCCAGUGAAGCUCUGUCCCAGCCCUCCACUAGCUCCCGCUACAUGAAAGUCCAUCACCACUACCACAGUGAGAGGCCUCAACACCUUGACCCCCAGCAGAACAGAGGGCAGUCUCAAUAUGCAGACAAUAUUUCCUAUCGCUCUGAUAAGUCCCGUCACCAGGAAAGAUCUCGCCAGGCUGAUGGCCAGAAAGCCACCUCUCACCGCGGCGAGUAUCGACAGCAUCAUGGAGAGCAUAUGCAUCGCAAAGAACGUAUCCACCAUCACCCAAGUUCCUCCCAACUCUCACACAAGUCUCACAGCACCAUUGCCACCUCUCCUUCUCAUGUGGGAUCCAGAAGCACAGCCAGUGGGGCUCGGUCCUUCUUGAGGGCUCGACCUCAGGCUUCCAGCCAAGUUCAUUCCAAGGACAGCUUGAAAGAAUCAGUCUCUUGGAGUGACGAGGACCAUGUUCAGAAACGCAAAAAGGCCCAGAGGACCCACAAGAAGGCGCACACUGGGAAUAUCUUCCAAUUGCUAUGGGAAAAAAUAAGCCGUGUCCUUUUGGGUCUCCAGCAAAUGAUAUUGUCAUUGACCCAGUCCCUGGGCUUUGAGACCUUUAUCUUCCUCGUGGUCUGCCUCAACACAGUCAUCCUUGUGGCCCAGACUUUCACUGAGCUAGAGAUCCGAGGUGAAUGGUACUUCAUGGUCAUGGACUCCAUUUUCCUCUCCAUCUAUGUACUAGAAGCCGUCCUCAAGCUAAUUGGUCUGGGCCUGGAGUAUUUUUAUGACCCAUGGAACAAUCUGGACUUCUUCAUCAUGGUCAUGGCAGUGCUGGACUUUGUGCUCCUCCAGAUAAACUCGCUCUCAUAUUCAUUCUACAACCACAGCCUGUUCCGGAUUCUCAAAGUCUUCAAGAGCAUGCGGGCCCUGAGGGCCAUCCGGGUCCUUCGGAGGCUCAGCAUCCUGACCAGCCUCCAUGAAGUGACCGGGACUCUGAGUGAAUCUUUGCCAUCCAUCACAGCUAUCCUCACCCUCAUGUUUACCUGCCUCUUCCUCUUCUCUGUUGUGCUCCGGGCACUGUUUAAAAACUCAGAUCCCAAGCGCUUCCACAACAUCUUUACCACGCUCUUCACCCUAUUCACCAUGCUCACUUUGGAUGACUGGUCCCUCAUCUACAUAGACAACAGGGCUAAAGGUGCCUGGUACAUCAUUCCCAUCCUCAUGAUUUACAUCAUUAUCCAGUACUUCAUCUUCCUCAACCUGGUGAUUGCUGUCCUGGUAGAUAACUUCCAGAUGGCAUUGCUCAAAGGCCUAGAGAAAGUGAAGCUGGAGCAAGCUGCCCGGGUCCAUGAGAAGUUGCUGGAGGACUCUCUGACAGAUCUCAACAAAGCAGAUGCUGACGCCCAAAUGACUGAGGAAGCCUUGAAGAUGCAGCUUAUUGAGAGAAUGUUUGGCAACAUGACAGAGAAGCAGCGGGAGCGCCACUUCCAGUUCCUGCAGUUGGUGGCAGCGGUGGAGCAGCAUCAACAGAAGUUUCGUUCCCAAGCAUCUGUCAUCGAUGAGCUUGUAGACACUGCAUUUGAGGCUGGAGACGACGAUUAUGGGAAGUGA